ACACUCAGUCAGGCAGUCGUCCUCUUAAACACAACAGCAGCAGAUUUCACUGCAGUGAUGGCAUCAAUAAGUGAAGAUGUGAGGAUUGUGCUGGUGGGUAAAACUGGAUCAGGAAAGAGUGCAUCAGGAAACAAGAUACUGGAUAGAGAUGCGUUUAAGGAAGACUGUUCCCCUAAUGCUGUUACUAGACAUUGUGAAAAAGAAGAGACAACAAAGGAGAAUAGAAAAAUCUCAUUGACCGACACCCCAGGACUCUUUGAUACAUCAAUCAGUAAUGAAGAACUGAAGUCUGAAAUACAGAAGUGUAUAGAGAUGUCCCUUCCUGGUCCUCACGUGUUCCUGCUCGUCAUCAAAGUGGGGAGAUUCACAGAGGAGGAACAGAAGACAGUGAAGUGGAUUCAGGAGAAUUUUGGUGAAGAUGCGGCACAGUACACCAUCAUUCUGUUCACUCAUGUAGAUUUGCUGAAUGGUAAAUCAUUAGAGGAAUAUAUCAAAGAGAGUCCAGAAAUACAGGCAUUAAUUGAGAAGUGUGGGGGUAGAUAUCACGCAUUUAACAAUCAAGAUAAAAAUGAUCAAACUCAGGUAACAGAGCUGCUGCAGAAGAUUGAUAAAAUGGUGAACAUUAAUGGAAAAAAGUACUACACUAGUGAGAUUUAUAAACAAGCUCAGAGACGCAUAUUAAUCAGAGGGCAGAAAGCAAAUGGCAAAUUGAGGAUUGUGCUGGUGGGUAAAACUGGAUCAGGAAAGAGUGCAACAGGAAACAAGAUACUGGGUAAAGAUGUGUUUAAGGAAGAUUUUUCCCCUAAUGUUGUUACUAGACAUUGUGAAAAAGAAGAGACAAUAAUGGAGAAUCGAAAAAUCUCAGUGACUGACACCCCAGGACUCUCUUAUACAUCGAUCAGUAAUAAAGAACUGACGUCUGAAAUACAGAAGUGUAUAGAGAUGUCUACUCCUGGUCCUCAUGUGUUCCUGCUCGUCAUCAAAGUGGGGAGAUUCACAGAAGAGGAACAGAAGACAGUGAAGUGGAUUCAGGAGAAUUUUGGUGAAGAUGCGGCACAGUACACCAUCAUUCUGUUCACUCAUGUAGAUUUGCUGAAUCGUAAAACAUUAGAGGAAUUUAUCGAAGAGAGUCCAGAAAUACAGGCAUUAAUUGAAAGGUGUGGGGGUAGAUAUCACGCAUUUAACAAUCAAGAUAAAAAUGAUCAAACUCAGGUAACAGAGCUGCUGCAGAAGAUUGAUAAAAUGGUGAACAUUAAUGUAAAAAAGUACUACACUAGUGAGAUUUAUAAACAAGCUCAGAGACGCAUAUUAAUGCAAACAAUAAAAGACAUAGGACUAAAAGCAGCAAUAUAUGGAGGAACCUUGGUACUAUGUGCAGUAGGUGCAGCAUGUGUAGGUAGAGCAGGUGCACAAGCUGAAGUACGUGCAUGUGCAGAAGGUGCAGUACAUGCAGUUGUAGCACAUGCAGAUGCAGCAGCACAAGCAGGUGUACCGGCUGCAGCACAUGCAGCACAUGCAGCACGUGCAGUUGCAGCAGGUGCACCAGCUGCAGCACAUGCAGGUGUAAAUGCAGGUGCAGCACAUGCAGGAGCAGCGGCUGCAGCACGUACAGGUGCAGCGGCUGCAGCCGGAGCAGGUGCCGCAGCUGCAGCCGGAGCAGGUGCCGCAGCUGCAGCCGGAGCAGGUGCCGCAGCUGCAGCCGGGUCAGGUGCCGCAGCUGCAGCCGGGUCAGGUGCCGCAGCUGCAGCCGGGUCAGGUGCCGCAGCUGCAGCCGGGUCAGGUGCAGCAGCUGCAGCCGGGUCAGGUGCCGCAGCUGCAGCCGGGUCAGGUGCCGCAGCUGCAGCCGGGUCAGGUGCAGCAGCUGCUGUAGGAGGCAGGCCAUAACAUUGAUGGCCAUACUUAAAGUAGAGCAGAUUUUUAAACACUAACUGGCAGAUGUUUUCAUAUAUCGCGAUAAAUGGACAACAGCCAGAUUGUGCUGAAUCAUAUCUGCCCUUUUUAUUUUCUCAUAAUAACUGUUGUCAAGGUGAUUUUCAGUGGAUGUAUUUAGUCAACUCCUAUACAGUUUUACGUGUCCAAAUUUCUAGUUGUAGUCCUAUCUUUGUUGCCCCAUCUUAUUGUACUAACCUGUGUGAGGUUUCCACCGAUUUGUCUUUAUUUAUGUACCCAUGUGUUUCUUGUGAUUGUUUUCCAUAACUGUGGUAAGAAUGUAUCUUCGUUUCUUGGGUUCACGGUCAUUUGGGUUUAUGUCACUUGGAUGCUUUAAUCAUUAUUUAAAACUCUUGUAUUCUACCUUGUUGCUUUAUUCUUUAUAAACUGUACAUUUCAGUCUAUUCACAUGUUCAGAAUGAGCCUCCCAUUGUAUGAGAAACCAGAAAAGUAUAAUGGCUAUAUUUGGGACUGCUGAAAUAUCAGAACUGUUUGUCAGUUAGUCAUGUUGAAUAAAGGGCGUGUAGUCAUGUUGAAUAAAGGGUGUGUAGUCAUGUUGUUAUGGUUGAUGCUGAUGUCACAUGCAGCAAAGUCAAGAGUUACUUUUGUAUUGAUAACAUAAAAUUGGGUUUUUACGUGUAAUAGAUUAUAUGACUAAUGAAACUAAAGAUAAUGUGAUGAUGUAUGGUCUUAACAAUAGUACUCUAUGAAAUAAUGUAAGUUUUUACACUGGUGUUCAGCCAUGCCCUAUUUGUACUUUUGCCUCAUAUUCACAUUUUACUGUUUAGACAUUUUUCCUUCAUUAUCCAAAUAGUUAUAUUGGGCACUUUUAC